AUGAGUGCAGUGUCUUCAUUCUCAGACUCGCGCGAGUUCCUGGGUGUCCAUAGAGAUGCUCAUUCGUUCAGGUCUUCUUACCACAGACUGGCUCGCAAAUGCCGUCGCAACCCUUCUCCAUCGAUUCCGACAACGACGGCUCUCGUCUCAGCGGCUUUGACCUCGGCAGCGCCAGUUGUCAAGUUCGAGGCUCGCCGCCCUCGCGUAUUAUUCGUGCCGGAUAUUCCAAAGCCGUCACAUUCCACCAUCACACUUUCACAUUACGCUUCCGUGAGCCAAACUUCCUUGUCCGCAGCUGUUGGAGGCCAAGAUGCUCCUCCACAAACUCCAUCCCCGGAACCUGCUGCACUCCGCCCACGUCCUCGCAUUUCGAUACGCACAACUACCAUUGAUGAUGGUACUCCUUAUCAGUCUCCCUCCUCCCGAGAGACACUUCGAAACAACAGCAGUAAAGAAUCACUCGCCUCUCCAACGCCGUCUCCCGCAACAACUAUAUCAUUGACAUCGCCACGGCUCGAGGUUCCUAUCUCACCACACAGUCCUAGAAGAAAUCGCUUCAGCCGAGGACAUUCCCCCGCCUGCCCCCUACGCAAUGCAUCUCAAGACUCUCAUCUUUCGCAAAGCUCUUUACGGACCACGGGCUCCCCAGUGUCCAACAAAUUUGAAGACCUGCUUCAGGCCAUAGGAAGCAUGGUAGACGAUCACGUCAGGCAGCUGCGAGGUUCACUUCUCUCCCCUGUCGGCAAGUCCUCAAAGUUGCCAAGAGACCAUUGUCGGGAGACUCUAGUCUCCCUCCAACAGGAGAUUCACUCCCUUCUCCAACGGCCACCUACAGAUCCCACAAAUACUCUCCGCUAUCGCGCGCUUUUCGAGCUGUAUCAUGAGCUAAGGGAAACGCUGGUCAGCUUUCAACGCGACCUAGCAGCUGAGAGGAUCAGCGAUAAUUACUGUGCUGAUUUCUGUCAGAACAUUGUAGACUACGGAAAACGGCUAAAUUCUUUUGUAGUCAAGACAUGGUAA